CCGGAGGAGGAGGAGGAGGGGGCGGGAGGAGGCGUGGCCGCGGCUCUUCGCUUUCGGGCAACGCGAGCUACUCAGUUGUGAGGCGCGGAGUCGUCCCGGUGGGUCUGUGGCUGCUGCUCGCGGGCUGACUGAGGGGAGGGGGAGGAUGGCCUGCGCCCGGAGCCCUUUCCUGACCUCCUGCGCCUUCCUGGCGCUCUUUCUCCUGGUGCCUGGCAGUUUCUGUGAAGACUGCAUGGAAUACACCAAUUCUAAUGGAAUUCUGAAACCAGCACUAUCUUGUCCAGCAUUCUGCUGUGGAACUUGCAACGACCGAUAUUGCUGCUCAGACGGCAUGCAAAGAUUGGUUAAAUAUGAGCAACUUGUAUGUGAUGCAGAAAGCUCAGAUCUAGAUAUCAUCUCAGACAUGUACAAAUCAAACGACUUUGGCUUCGACUCUCAACCCAGCGGGACUGUCAUAGCUGUUGGUGUUUCCAUAUUUGUACUGUUUGUGGUGACCAUCAUUUUCUGCUUCACCUGUUCAUGUUGCUGCCUGUAUAAAGCAUGCCGAAGACAACCACGGCCUGUCGUGACCACAACUACAGCCACAACUGUGGUGCAGGUGCCAUAUCCUCAGCAGCCUGGGAUGCCACCACAGGGUUACCCUGUAGGGAUGUAUCAAGGAUAUAAUCCUCUGCCAGUGCAACCGCAGCAGGGGAUGCCAGCAGCACCCUACCCAACACAGUACCCUCCACCUUACCCCACACAGCCUGCAGGACCACCACCCUACCAUGAAACCAUGGCAGCUGGAGCUCCUGCAGUUCAGCCACCUUAUAACCCAGCAUACAUGGAUCCUCCAAAGCAUUAACUUCAAAUGGAUUUACUGCUCUGUAUCUGCGCAGAAGCCUUUUCAAACAGAAUCUAUAUUGUGGCAUACUUUCUAAAAAUACUACUCUGAUGCAGGUGGGGUAGAAGCCCUGACACUAUUUGUUUGCUUUUUAAUACCUUGAACACCACAAGAAAAAAAAAAAGAUCUAUCACCUGGAUUUGUUUUCCUAUAUCUCAAUUUAAAUUGUUGAUAGUGUCUUAAAAAGACAACUUCGGAGUAAGAGUCAUGGAUAUGCCAUACAAUAAUUUGAAGUCUAGUGAAACGGAGUCGUUGAUAAGACGAGUAGCAACAAGUGUCUGCUACCAUGAUUUUGCCAGUAAUUGUUAAUGCUUAUAAAAUGAGAGGUGUACCUCAACAAAAUCAGUGUAAAAACUGGAUAUACUUUUUCCAGUUAACUAUUGCAAAGUAAAAUCUAAUGAACAGAAGUAAGAGAAAUAGUACUGAGUAGAAUGUUUUGGUUUUUUGGCAAGAAAUAGUGUAAGUUGUUAAAGAAAACUUUUCUGUAUUUGUGCAGUAAUUGCAUAGUCAUUUGCUUCAUUAUGCUUUCACAGUUUUAAUUUCAAGCAUGUCAGUUUCAUAGGUAACUUUCCUCUGUCUAAUAUUCCAGUUUCCCCUUUCCUCAAAACGACAACAACAACAACAACCAAAAGUACUGUACCACUGCAUGAACAUGGUUGCAUGAGAUCAUUAAUCAUCUUAACAUGUCAGACCUGCAGUACAAUGUUAGGCUUAGUAGGCUUAGUAGAAGAGCUGGAUAUAAAUACAUAAAUAUUGUAUUCUCCUGUUCUGAUCCUAAUGUUCCUGUUGAGAGUGCCAGCCAAACAUGCCUUCCUCCAUGUAUAAGGAAGCUUAGGCAUUCCACCCUGCCUCUCCUUUUCAUUAUUUUUCCUGUCUGGCAGUUCAACAUUCCAUGGGUACUGAGCAUGCUCAUAAGGAAAACCCUACAGCAUCAGACCAAAGACUUGUCUAGCACAGCAUUUUGUUUUCUGUAGCCAACCAAAUGCCUAUGGGAAGCCCACAAGCCACAGUAGUAUUCUCCCACUCAUGAUAGCGCAGGAACUGGUUUUCUGAGGUAUACUGUCCCUGAUGCUGGAGGUAAUAUAGCCAACAUGGCUAGUUGCCUGUUAUUUUCUCUGUAAAUCUUUCUAAUGCCCCUUCAGAACCAUUUAUUUUCUUUAUUCGAAGCUGCUUAACAGUGCAGCACUCUCCAUACAUACUUGGAAGUAAGUCUCCUGGAGAGCAAUGGGCUUUUUACUCCCAGGUAGUAUAGGAUUGCACCUUAAAUAGACUCACAGAAAUUUGCUUCCAGCUCUUAAUGGGUUUCUGUACCUGCCUGCAUCUAUCCAUGUACCAAAACCAUCACAAACCACUGUCAGAAUUGCUUUCGCUGUGAAGGAGAAAUGUGAAGAGGAGGCAACCUGUUUUUGGAGCUGCAGUUUCUCAUUGCGGAUUGCUCCUAUGUAGUUAUAAGUUGGAGUCCCUGCAUUUCUCUGUGUGAGCAACCAAUGCUUUGAGGAGUGCUACUGUGAUCUUGGUGCCUUCUUAAACGUCUUUAUAUAGUUCUUUCUGUUGCAUUUUCCUAUUCAAGAAUUUUCUGGUAAAAUGACUAAGGCUGCAAUCAUGUACCCUUAACCUAGGAGUAAGCCCCAUUGAACUCAGUGGGACUUGCUUUUGAGGGAAUGUGCAUAGGAUUGCAACGUGGAUCAUGUUAUGUAGGCAUAGACCUCUCUCUUCAUGAGAUUGCAUAUGGUCUACAUUCUACUAAUGUAAAAUGAAAAGUUAUAGAAACUAGCAUUGACUACAUUUCCUUACCGUGACUUGUAAUGGGGAAAAGUCCUGUCUUAUGGUGAUUAUUGGGGAUGUUAGGAAGGCUAUAUAGAUAUUGAUUUUCAUGUGCUGUGUUAAGCUCUACUUUUUCUUUCUGGGUGUAUAGUAACAAACUGCUGAAAAGUGUGUCUUUCUCUACCUCCUUCAGGAAAAGCAUCAGAGUUAUCUUAAUUCACCAUUGUGCCAGCAUGGAUUGAAACCCUGUCCACCCUUCCACAUAAGUGAUUGUAUCACAAAGCAUAGCUCUGUUGACUGCCAUCACUUUGCCAUGGUCAUGAGACAGUAUCUUGUGUGUUUUUAACCUUCCUUCCCAGUAUUAGGUAGAGUUUGGUGGGAGUGAGGGUUAGGAAGAAACUAUAUGAUCAUUAAAAGGUAUCAACAUCAUGAGUAAUUCCUGUUCCAUUGUGACCUGUGAAAUAUCAGCUCACAUAGUCACAUGAUGACACCAGUGUGUAUCUAUGAGCAGAAUUCAAGUGUUUGCUUACAUACAACAAGUAUUUCAUUAUUUGCAAUCCUGCUGUUACAUGAGUCUUGUUUAACUCAAUAGUGCUUAUAUGUGAGUAUCUGAGGGGAAAAUUGUGGCCUGUGAAAUACUGUGUGUGUUAUAUAUGUCAAUUUAAUAAAAAAAUUGUUUACUGAAGCAGAAGGGAAAUUGAAUUUCAGCUUCAUAUUGUAGAUUUUCAGUGUUUACUUUUUUAUUGUGAACUUUGGAAGUGCCUUUCACAGACUUUUCAAACUGCAUUAUUGUAGUCAGUGUACUAUAUAUCAAUAUACAAUGCAAUUCUUUUUUAUAUUGUUUUUUUAAAAAACUAAUCCUGAUUUGUAUGUUGCUUAUAGUAAACAAGACAAUUCAAAAGGAUUGGCAUGUUUGCAGCUUUUUAUAAUAAAUAUAUUGUCAAAACGUA